AAAUAUGUAAGAACACGAUACAUUUAACAUUUUCAAAAUAAGAAGUAGAAACUAAAAAAAAUAUAAGUAAAAUACAUUGGUGGAACUAGUAGAAAUAAGCAACAGUGAGGGUUUCACACCGUAGUGUUUUGUAAUCAAUGUCAAACAACAGUCUUGGCGCGAUGCCAGUGAUAUUCCCGAAAUAGUUUACGCCGGCGUGACGAGAUUUUCCGUUUACUCAACACUGUUUUAUUCUAUUGAAAUUCCAAAUGAUGGAUCGACACCAUCCCCUCAGCGCGAGCUUCCACGGCUCUAUGAGGAGCAGAGACUCCUCAUCAACAGUUGGCAGCGAUGCAAGAGAGAAAAUAAAAGACUGUUUCAGAAAAUUCAUAGCUUUUAUGUUUACACAAGUGGGUGUCGGCGCUCUUGUUGUUUGCUACGCGAUCCUCGGCGCGGCGGGCUUCAUGCACAUUGAGAAGGACAGUCCGGACAAGCAGCUGGAAGAAGUGAGGCAGUUACGAGUGAACUGUGCAGAGGCUCUGUGGAACAUUACUAUAACCAACAACCUGUUCAAUGAAACUGCUUGGGUGAUUAAAGUGGAUCAAGUACUUAAAGUGUUCCAAAACAAUAUCACUCAGGCUAUCCAUACAGGAUACAAUGGCAGGUCAGCGGAGGAUAUAUGGUCAUUCCCGGCAGCUCUUAUGUACUCCUUAUCAGUGUUUACAAUGAUUGGCUAUGGCAACAUUGUGCCUAAGACUGUUUGGGGUAAGAUUGUGACAAUAGCAUAUGCCUGUUUUGGGAUACCAAUCUAUGUGUUGUACUUCUGCAACAUGGGCAAGGUGCUAGCUCAGACAUUUAAAUGGUUGUACAUAACUGCCCACGAGUGUAGUAGACGAGAUGACACUUUAUUUGAAGAUGGAGAGAUGCAGCCCGUCAAACGUAAGAUUACGGUGCCAUCAACAGCUUGUUUGUGGGUGAUAUCAUUCUACAUAUUGACUGGAACAAUUAUGUUUGGAGCGUGGGAGAAAUGGAACUACUUGGAUUCAACAUAUUUCUGUGUAAUAAGUUUAUGUAAAAUUGGUUUUGGAGACUUUGUGCCGGGGGCUAAUAUUGCUGACUCUGCAGGUGGUUCUCAUUUGAAGCUGGUCAUAAACUUUAUCUAUGUUCUGCUUGGUAUGGGUCUAGUCGCUAUGUGCUACAACUUAAUGUGUGAGGAUGUCAGGGUGAAGGUCAGGGAGCUUCGAGAAGACCUCAAGAACUGUCUGGAUGAUAUAACCCUCAAGAUCACAGUGUGCAUGAAUGAUACAAAGUAUUAUCAUCAGAAAAACAGCAGAAAUGUCAAAUGACAUGUCAUGUGUUUAUGUGUUAAUGACGAAUUAUUUACGAAAGUAUUAUUUUUAAUUUUAUGUGUAGAUGUAAGUCCAAUGUAAUAUUUUCUUUUUAAAAUAAAUAAAUGCAUUUAAUAUAA